AUGCUUUCUUCUCUCCGUCCUGUCUUUGCUCCUCCUGGUGUAUUUGUUCGCCAUUUGCACUUCCACGAGUAUCAAUCUAUGAACCUUUUACAUCAUCAAUUUCACGUCGAUGCUGUACCAAAGUGUUUUUACGCUAGGAACAGUAAUGAGGUCGAAGACUAUGCCAGAAGGCUCGGCGGUGGCGAUGUUGUUGUCAAAGCUCAGGUCCUCGGUGGUGGUCGCGGUAGAGGUCACUUUAAAGAGAACGGUUUUCAAGGCGGUGUUCAUAUUGCGAGCUCCCCCUCAGAGGCUCGAAUCGUGGCUGAGCAAAUGCUCAACAAAUCACUCGUUACUAGGCAGACUGGUCUUAGUGGUAGAACAUGUAAAGGAGUCCUUCUCUGUGAGAAGUUGCCGAUAGUCGCGGAAAAAUAUUUUGCUAUUAUGUUGGACCGAGGGCUUGGUGGACCGGUGAUGGUAAUGUCCAAGCACGGUGGUAUGAGCAUCGAGGAGGUCGCUAUAGAGCACCCAGAUGCUGUCACUAAAAUCCCAAUUGAUGUCACUACUGGCCUCACUACUCGUCAAGCUGAGGAGGCUGUCGAACAUUUGGGUUUUAAUGGUGACCCCUCUGCAAUGGCGACUCUGAAGGGCCUCUACAGGACUUUCGUCGGAGCCGAUUGCACUAUGUUGGAAGUCAACCCGUUGGCUGAGCUAGAAGAUGGGAGAAUUAUGGUAU